AUGGAGCGCGACCUGAUGCGCGUGCAGCUGGGCAGAGAGUCCACCGUUGCGGUGGUGCAACGCCUGGUGGCCGAGUGGCAGGAGGCUGGGUACUUCGCGGAGCCGUUGACGGUGAAGAGACCACGAGAGGCUUUCCCUGGCAUCGAUCUGAUCUCUCAGGUGGAUGAAUCCUAUGGGCGAGAUAUUGGGAGUGAGGUGCCGCUUUGCCUGUUGGAAGAUGGACAUGCAGUUAGAAGUCUGAGUCCUGAGGAUUGGAUGGCUGCAUCAGAUUCCUUGGAAGUGCAUGGUGCCGUUGUUUUGAGAGAGUUGAUCUCCACAGAGCAGGUGAUGCGCUUGCGUGAGCGCAUGCACCUGCAGAGCAGCCAGCUGGAUUUGGCCAAGUGCAAGGGAGGGGUGCCACCCAUCCGGGAGUUUAAUUCCAAGCCCUUGCAGGCUGAAGAUGAGGAUCUGGAGCCUCACAUGUCCACCCCUGGCCGGAAGCACUUCUAUCUCAGGGGCCGGAUCUUUGAGCAGCAGGUGGCGGAGGCACAAGCAGGUGCUAUGCCGUUGGUGUGGGAGCAUUUGUUGAAGCAGGGGGCGCCUCAAGGUUUGAAGCCGUACCUGUCAGAGGUGCAACUGAUGGUCUCAGAUCCUUGUGCAGUGGACCAGUUCUGGCAUGUCGACAACGCUGCUUCUGGUUUGACCCUGGUGGUGCCACUCACAGCUAUUCCGGGGGGACAUGGGUGGAACACUGCUGCUGCCAGGAUCACACCAUCUCUUCAGCAACCAGGGCACAGUUUCUCGAGUUCAGAACUUCUUCUCCUCCUUGCUCUCCGCCAACGGCCAGCCCUCCGUGAUGCUCAACGCUGGGGACGCCUUCCUCUACGACUCCCGGCUGCUGCACCGGAGCGCAGCCAACCGGCGCUACGACCGGACCGCGGCGGUGCUGGUGUUCCGCUACGACUUCGAGCGGCCACCAGGGAUGGGUUUGAUCGCUGCACAAAUCUGGUCUUGGACGGGCAACCUCCUUUCAGGCCUUCAUCGCUUCUAUUCAAGGCUGCCACCGCCACCUUGACGCUUCGGCAGCCACGUGUCGGGGCUGAGCGGUCCAAGAGACAGAUUUCAGGGCCGCGGUCCGGACUGCCGGGGAGACGAUGAGA